GGGUCUGGCUGGCAAGAUGGCGGCGGCGGCCAACUCAACUUCGCUGGAGUCGGCCCCGCGGAUCUUGCGCUUGGUGGCCGAGUGCAGCCGCUCUAGGGCCCGGGCAGGCGAGCUGCAGCUGCCGCACGGGCCGGUGGCCACUCCAGUAUUCAUGCCAGUGGGCACGCAGGCCACCAUGAAGGGCAUCACGGCGGAGCAACUGGACGCGCUGGGCUGCCGCAUCUGCCUGGGCAACACCUACCAUCUGGGUCUGAGGCCGGGCCCCGAGCUGAUCCAGAAAGCCCACGGUCUCCACGGCUUCAUGAAUUGGUCCCACAAUCUGCUAACGGACAGCGGCGGCUUCCAGAUGGUGUCCCUGGUGUCCCUGUCCGAGGUGACGGAGGAAGGCGUCCGCUUCCGCUCCCCCUACGAUGGCGACGAGACCCUUCUGAGUCCGGAGAGGUCCGUGGAGAUCCAGAACGCGCUUGGCUCGGACAUCAUCAUGCAGCUAGACGACGUGGUCAGCAGCACUGUGACGGGGCCACGUGUGGAAGAGGCCAUGUACAGAUCAAUCCGCUGGCUAGACCGUUGUGUGGCAGCCCAUCGGCGGCCGGACAAGCAGAAUCUUUUCGCUAUCAUCCAGGGGGGGCUGAACGCGGAUCUCCGUGCCACCUGCCUCGAAGAGAUGACCAAGAGGGAUGUGCCUGGCUUUGCCAUCGGGGGACUGAGCGGGGGUGAGAGCAAGAACCAGUUUUGGAGGAUGGUGGCACUGAGCACGUCAAGGCUGCCUAAGGACAAGCCCCGAUACUUGAUGGGGGUCGGCUAUGCCACUGAUCUGGUGGUCUGCGUGGCUCUUGGAUGCGACAUGUUCGACUGCGUUUUCCCUACAAGGACAGCGCGCUUUGGUUCUGCCCUGGUGCCUACAGGGAACUUACAGCUGAAGAAGAAGCAGUUCCAGAAGGACUUCCGCCCCAUAGACCCCAAGUGUGCCUGUCCCACCUGCCAGAAGCACAGCCGAGCCUUCCUGCACGCACUACUCCACAGUGACAACACCGCAGCCCUGCACCACCUCACUGUCCACAACAUCGCCUACCAGCUGCAGCUGAUGGGCGCUGUGCGUGCCAGCAUCGUGGAGAAACGCUUUCCUGACUUCGUGCGGGACUUCAUGGGUACCAUGUAUGGGGACCCCACCCUCUAUCCUACCUGGGCCACUGAAGCCCUGGCCUCUGUGGGAAUUACAUUGAGUUGACCCAGCUUGGGGGAGGGAAGGAAGGGAUGGACGAUAUUGAAAGAUUUGGAUUUUUAAUAUAACUUACAGUGGGUCUGUUUCUUCUUGUGGAGGUGGCCUGUCUUGGUCCCCUUCUUGGUCUAAGUGUCCCUGCAGUUAAUGUCCCUCUUCUCCCUUUAUAGUAAUAACUAGUAACCAUAGCAACAGCUGGUAACUGCAAACCACCUCUCACAGCCCAACAUGUAGGAAGUGCCCUGGGUGGGGGGUGGGGGGGGCUGCAUUCUUUUUCCUGUGUUCCAGGCCUCCCAACCACUCUGGGGUUCAGCACUCUUGUCCUCCCCCAUUUUACAGGUGAGCAGAUAGGCUCAGAGAGGGGAAGUAGCUUACCCAAGGUCAUUAUUGAGGAAGUAGCAGCCUGGCUUCAGAGCUCAUGCCUUUCGCCUUGACUCUUCAAACAUGAGGCUUAAUCUUGCUGUCAGUAAACAUAGUGAUGAUGAUAAUAGGUGUGAUCUAGCAGGUGCUUACAUUGCACCUGGACCUGUUCUAAAUGGUUAUGUGCAUUUAAUUCUUACAACUUUAUGAUGCAUGAAUAGCUACCUUCCCCACUGUACAGAUGAGGAAACUGAGUUUCAAGGAAAUGAAGUCACUUGGUCACCCAGCAAAUAAACAGGCCCAGGAUCUAACCCAGAUAUAGCCAAUUACAGAGCUGGUGCUCUUAGAAGAUAAGGGUUUUUAAAUUAAAAAAGUAAUACGUGUAGGAGCCACCACUUAAAUAGUAUAAAAAUGCAACUAUUUUGAUCAGUUUGUAUUUUUCCAGAAACUUCCCAUGUGUACAUAUUUUUCAUGAAUGUCAGUGUCCUUUACACGCAGUUAUGUACCUUGCUUUUUUUUUUUCUUUCUCUGUAUAUUUUAAA